AUGAUCGCUCGUGCAGCUGAAGAAAAUGUAUCGAUAUUUCGUCAAGAAGGAACUUUGCCACUUGAGGAUGUUGUUAUUUCAUACAUUAAAAAAGCAUUGGAAGUAGGCAACAGCUGGCCAAACACAAAAUAUGCUCUAAUGCAAAUGUAUGCUGUACAUUCAAAAGAACCAAAAUUAGUUCAUACAAAAUCAUAUGAGGAACUGUGUAAAAUUUAUGGCUUGGAAACUUUUUUAGAAAAAGCAAACUUAACUACACGGUUGACAAAAAAUGGAAAAAAUUUGGUCAAAUCUGAUUUUUCUAACAAAUUAGAAAAUACAACUAAUAAUAGAAGAAAACAUCUAGAAGAAUAUCAAUCAGAAUUUGAGGCAAAUAAGAUAAAAAAGGCUAAGUGGUAG